AUGUUUAAUCUUUUGGCAGUUCCUAAAGUUCAAAAACCAUCUGAAUAAGUAAUCUAAAUAAAAAUAUAAAAACGAUCAAUAAGAUGCAAAAUUAAUUUCCUAUUUUCCGUAAAAUGCAAAUAUCGAAGAAAAAAGACUAUAAACUGGAAUGGCUGA